AUGCCUCGCACCUUACUAGGGGAUAAAGAACACCUCAUGAUUGAUGAAGGGGGCGUGGAAAUACCGUUCGACAAGGAUGAGAGACGAUCGGUGACGUUAGUGAUGAGAAGGGGAACAAAACAAACCACGGGCCUGCACUGGCAUGAAGAAAAGACGGAAUAUUUGCAGGUGCUACAGGGCCAGGCACUGGUCACAGUAGGUGACAGCACAGCAGUAUUUGGGCCGAAUGAUGGUGUCAUCACUGUGCCCCGAUUCACACUUCACGAGUUUGGACGCGCAGAUCGCGUUGUAGAAGGCGCUGAUUCUCGUGAGGUGGAUCUGCGGAUCAUGGAAUGGACCGAGCCCUCAGACGGUGCUAAAGAGGUCUUCUUUCGGAAUAUGCUUGGUGUGAUCAUCGAUAGAGAGACGGGGAUACUGGGCAACAUCAAGCUGUUGCUGUCUCUUUUUGUGGUCAUGCAAGGACAUGAUAACUAUCCCGUCUUCAUCAAGGGGCCCGCGCUCUUUGGCAGGACAGUGCAGAGCAGUAUUCGACGAACGACGACUUACGUUAUCAGAGGCGGCAUCGCACUAACUGGGCGGCUAUUUGGGCUGAAAGCGACUUAUCACGAAUAUACCCCUACUUCACUGUUAGAGUUGAAGUAG